AUAAAAAGAUUCACUUAUUCCUCUAGUUUGUGAAACUGUAAUUUCAAACACUGUUGUGUCCGCCUAACAGAGGAGCUGCUCACCCUAAAUCAGUUGGUUUCGUUUCCGAGGAGCCUCUUUGAGGACACGGCACUCUAUUGUCUAGAUCUUGUGGACGUCAUUGCAACUCUGUUUCCAUGUCGAAACGCGUACAAGUGAGACAGGUGAGGAGCUCAUCGCUCAAUGGCAAAAUGAGCAUCAUCUACAAAGUCAUCAUCGUCGGAAACUCUGGAGUUGGGAAGACUUGUUUGGCGUGUACGUUUGGCGACGGCGUCUUCCCGGAGGCGACGGGCACUACGAUAGGAGUAGAUUUCAAGGAGAAAGCGGUGAAAGUGGACAGUGAAAUUGUCAAGCUUCAGCUGUGGGACACUGCUGGUCAGGAACGAUUUCGUCAGAGUAUGACUGCUCGUUACUAUCGAGAUGUGCACGCCAUUCUUCUUGUCUAUGACAUUACAGACCGAAGCUCGUUCAACAAACUGAGCAUUUGGCUCAAAGAAAUCUAUUCCCACAUUCCAUCAAGUGGAACCCUCAUGUUCCUAGUAGGCAACAAGAUAGACCUCGCCCACAAACGAGCUGUUGAUAAACGCAGUGGCCACAACUUUGCGGAAGCGCACAACAUGAAUUACUUCUGGGAAUUGUCAGUAAAAGACAAUAAGGAUCAAGUCGAUCAUAUUUUCUACACUGUGGCAGCUAUGCUCAAGAGUGACACACCAAAGGAGCUAAAGAGCCAUUGGCUAAUGAGUUCGGACGACAACAUUGUCAUCAGCGAUACAGAAAAAUCAGAUGUAGGGAAGUCGGCAUGCUGCAAUACAACAUAAAGUUUCUAAUUGUAAUAUCGUAUUGUAAUGUGUAUGAUAAGACAAGUUUUAUUCUUUUUUGCCUCAAUACUAUUGUUGAAAUGUUGUUAAGUUAUUUACUGACGAUACUUGAAAGUUUAUCUUUUAGAAAUAUACCUUAUACCUGCUGCUGUA